CUGCUGGUAAAAGACCUAGGAAGACACAGUAAUACUGGUGAAAAAGGCUGUUGCUGGAAUAGCUUAUUCUGGCCGGGGAACUGAUAUAAGCCAAGCUAAAAGAACUCUUUUGGUGGUAUAAGCACCUCGAGCCGGCUGCUCCCCCCUCCGCCCGGCUGCUGUCUCCCCAAGGGGCUGGCGAGCCCGCCUGGCUGGAUUUCUUCCUUUGGCAUCAUGCCCCGCGUCAUCUAACAACCCAGACCCCCGGGCACCCAUCACGCUCCCAAUCCUGACAUGGCCAGGACCCCAUGUGCCUUCCCGCUGCUGCUGCUGCUGCUGCUCGGGCCGCCUCUCAAAGGACCAGCCCCCGCCCUGGGGUACAACAUUGACACCGUCCACCCGGAGGUGCUGGCCUCCAAUGCCAGUAGGAAUUUUGGGUACCAGGUGCUGCAGUUCAAAGAUGCAAGUAUCAUCGUGGGAGCGCCAGGUGACCAGAACUCCACCGGGGAGCUGUACCAAUGUGCUGUGAAGAAAGGCUCCUGCCAGCCCAUCCCAUUGCCGGCGAGUGCUCAAACGGCGCAUCUCGGCAUGUCCCUGGCGAGCAGUGGCGCAGACGCCCAGAUGAUCGCCUGCGGCUCUGGGCUGAGCCGAACGUGUGAUGGGAACCAGUACCUGAGUGGGAUCUGCUACCUCUUCAAGGGACACCUAGAGCAGCCCAAGGAGAUGACACCAGGGUUUGAAGUGGAUGUGGACGGGGAUGGGGACACGGACGUGCUCCUAGUGGGGGCCCCCCUGUACUAUGAGGACAGGAGUGGGGGCAGGGUCCACAUCUAUCGCUGGGACCAGGCCAGGCUCACCAACACUGCGGUGCUCCAGGGAGCCCUGGGGAACCCGCUGGGCCGCUUCGGUGCAGCCAUCACUGCCCUGGCUGACCUGAACGGGGACGGCUGGGCUGAUGUCGCCGUGGGGGCACCGCUGGAGAGCGCGGAGCGCGGCGCUGUCUAUAUAUACAACGGCCACCAGAGGGAGCUCAACACACACUACAGCCAGGUCCCAGUCAUGUCCCGUCUCCCAGCCUGGCACUAG